AUGCCUGCUACCAGGAUCAAGGUCGUACCGAAUCCUCGCUAUCAAAAGUCCGGCACCAAAUCGUAUGUGUAUGCGAUGCGCAAGUAUGGCUUCAACCCGACCAAGGAGGGGCCCUAUUUCAUAGGCACGAGGAUGCAACAGACUGGUCGCCAGUUCACCGACAAGCCGGUCGGAGGCCGGGUGCACUCCCGUCAGGUUCUACAGAAGAAAAGUGCCGAUGAUCAUGUCGGACAGGUCGGUGCCGACGAUGUGCAGAACGAUGCCAUGUAUCUGGCCGAGGUUGGCAUUGGGACGCCAACGCAGAACCUAAUUCUUGAUUUCGAUACCGGAUCAGCUGAUCUUUGGGUCUGGUCUACAAAGCUACCUUCAGUCACCUUGUCUCAGCACAAGAAUCAUACGGUAUUCGAUCCAAGCAAGUCCAGUUCUUUCAAAGAAAAGGAUGGCUCAACUUGGAGGAUUUCCUAUGGAGAUGGAUCUUCUGCAGCAGGAACAGUGGGCAAUGACAAUGUCAAUGUUGGUGGUGUGGUCAUCAAAGGCCAGGCUAUCGAGCUGGCAGACUCGAUGACGGCACAGUUUGCAAGUGGUGCCGGAGAUGGACUACUCGGCCUUGCCUUCAGCAAUAUUAACACCGUGAAGCCGAAAGCAGUUGCAACUCCUGUUGAGAACAUGAUUACUCAGUCAGAUAUCCCAAGGUCCAGCGCACUUUUCACCGCAAAGUUAGGGUCAUGGCGCGAUUCAGAUGAGCCUGACAAGGGAAAAACGUUCUAUACUUUUGGUUUCAUUGAUCAGGAAACCGUGAAGGAGGCCGGUGAGGAAUUGUACUAUACCCCCGUCGACAAGAGCCAAGGCUUCUGGCUGUUUGAUUCGGCUUCUGCGACGGUAAAUGGGAAAUUCAUUACUCGCUCUGGGAACAAAGCCAUCGCGGAUACGGGGACGACUUUGGCCUUGGUAGACGACGAGACUUGCAAGACCAUCUACGAUGCGAUCGAGGGCGCUGUUUAUGACCAGGACAGCCAGGGAUACAUUUAUCCGACCAAUACACCGGCUGAUAAGUUUCCAGUCGUGUCGUUCGCUGUUGGUGACAAGCAGUUCGUUGUCCAGAAAGAGGAUCUAGGAUUUGCCGAAGCAAAAUCUGGCUAUGUUUAUGGUGGGAUUCAAAGCCGUGGCUCUAUGACUAUGGAUGUUCUGGGUGAUACCUUCUUGAAAGCAGUCUAUGCGGUAUUUGACGUGGGAAACCUACGUUUCGGCGCUGUGCAGAGGAAGGAGCUUCAUCAGAACCUUUGUCCGCCUCCUCAAUAG